CCAAAGAACACUCUAGCCCUGGGAAAGGGAAAUAAACAUGUGAGAGAAGGCGGUGGGUUAAAAAACAGCAGCACUCUGGGAGCAAAAUAGCCCCUACAAAGUAGCAAGCCUCUUUGGUGGAGGGAGAGCAGCAGUCAGACCUUGAUGUGGACCUGGUGGUGGAAAGCUGAGUCUUCGGAAAAAAUGGCUAAACUGGCUCCAUGACAGAGAUUCCUGGACGGGGGUUCAUAACCAGAAAGGGUCUGUUUCAAACAGCCAGAGUAUAGUGAUUCCAUAGCCUGGACUGCUUGUUCUUCUGGAAGACCGGGGCUCCAAGUGUUGUGCCUUUUUGUUCCCUGGUCAUUUUCUCCCAUCAGCACAGCAAAACUGACACCUCAGGCCUUGCCAGCCAGAGAGAUUUUUCACUUGUGGAGUGGGAGGCAUCACGAUUCUGCCUCUGCUCUCAGACGUGGAGCUUGAACACAGGGACGUCUUUGCAUCUUUGGAAGUAUGUCAGCAUUGCUGCAAGCCACAGAUGAAGGCGCUGAUGGGAUACCACCCAGAGCUUUGGCUGGGACACCCAGCACAGAGAGUGGAGGAGAGAAUGGUGAGGUUUCUCAGUGCAAAUCUUCUGAUUCCAGUGGUGAGGAGGAGGCCCGUGUGGGGAAAAAGAAGCCACGUAGGCAGCGGACUCAUUUUACCAGCCAACAGCUCCAGGAGUUGGAGGCCACUUUCCAGCGGAAUCGCUACCCAGACAUGAGCACAAGGGAAGAGAUUGCAGGCUGGACCAAUCUGACAGAGCCCAGGAUCAGGGUUUGGUUUAAGAACCGCAGAGCCAAAUGGCGGAAAAAGGAACGCCAUCAGCAGACAGAGCUCUGCAAAGGGGCCUUUGGUGCACAGUUCAGUGGCUUGACUGGGAACCCCUAUGAGGACCUUUACCCAACCUACACCUACAAUACCUGGGCCCCGAAGGGGCUACAUGCUAACCCCAUCCACAGCAAAGGAUUCCAGCUCUUCAACUCCAUGAGCCUCAGUUCCUUUCCACCCCAGAGUGUAUUCUCUGCAGCUUCAGGAGCCUCCACGUCUGGUGUCCCAUCUUUAGAAACCUUCAACAGCCUGGCAAGUCCUCCAGGGCCUCCCAGUUCAACAUAUGGACCGGGCUCUUCUCCACCGUACAUGUACAGGGACCCCUGCAACUCAAGCCUGGCUAGUUUGAGACUCAGAGCAAGGCAGCCACAGGCGCCCCUCAACUAUGGAUCUCCUCAAAAUGCAGCCAUCAGCCCCAGCUCCAGCCACUAUAAUUUGGAUAGGCCGGUGUGAUACUGGGCCCCAAAAGAAGAAUAGCCUGAUUUGUGUUCCCUUAAGACUCUUUUUAGCAGUGGCCUCAGGGAAGGGUUUGCCUCCAUAAUUCCUGCGUUAGGGAUUGAAUAGGAUUCACCAGUCCUGGGAAAAAUAACACUUCUAGCCUCUUCCAUUCUGGAUGUUGCCAUAUAGCCUUCUUUCUUAAGUGCCUUAACACAGUCACCUUUCAUGGAGCCUGCACCUCCUCAGAAACCCCUGAUCUUGGCACGGAUGAAGGCUACAAACAGUCAACGUCAUCCUUUUUGUGUCAGAUGUCCAAUGUGUUUUUUAAAAUUCUUUAGUAGGAUGCCAGGAGAGGUGAAAUGGCAGGGCAUUGUCUGCCAUUUUGAACUGGGGGGGGAGCCCAUCUGUUAUGACCAAAAAUAGAACUCCAGAUGAGAAGGAAGAAAAAAAACCUACUAUGAGGAGUGGGAGGGUACAGAGGAAAAGAAAGGCUGACAAAGCCAGUUAGUUACCUGGGGUUGUGUUGGUUGGGGGACCUGAUCCAGUUGAGUCAAUUUCACUUAGUCCAUUGACUUGUUGAGGCUGAGGCUGGUAAAUCCCAGCCAGGCCUGGCUGUAGGAUUGAGAGGAGAGGACUCUGCACAAAAUGAUGAGGGGGGGACUUCCACCACAGAUGCCUGCAUGGGGGCCCCUUUUACGAUAAAAAAUUGCAUUUGGGGGGCUCUGACACAUCUUGAUUGUCCUCCCCUCAAAAUGCAUUGAAAAGGUCCAGGGCACCAUGGAGGCCCCAAGAAUAUGGUGAACCUGAGCUGCAGUGUUUCUGUGGCAGUUGGUGGUCUUCUUUGGAGGAAGCAUUUUUUUCCUUGCCCUUAACAGCUUCCAAUUAUCAGUUGGUUGGGCCCCUCAAGAACUUCAGGGCCCCAGCACUUGACCAACCCUCUAUCAAAAACUGGACUUAUAUCCAGCAUGUUUUGAAAGUUCGGCCAAAUUAACAUUUCUAGUUUUUCAUUUUCAAAAGGGCAAAACAUAACCAUUUUGACUGCAAAGCUAACACGGUAACCAGUCCUAGUUGUCUGUCACAGCCGCAACUUCCCCACCCUCAUGCAUGUCCUGCAACCCAGUCAUUGCUCGAUUGUCUUGAACUACUCAAGAUUGCACCGAGAGAAUUUCCCAGAGGUGGUAUCUCACCUGCAGCCACCACGUUCAUUUGCAUGGGAAACCCUGUCGCUAUAAGCCUUCCCAGACUACCUUUGCCCAAGCCAUUCCAGGUCCAGCUUCUUGAAGGACUUCUCCCUUGCCCAACCCAUUGUCACCAGGGAGGGGGACCCCUUCAAACAGCUCACUAAUGAAAGCUUUCCCCAUUAAAGAGUGAAACCUUGUUCCCUGAGAGAUGAAAACUGGCAGAUCCAAUCUGAGAGUAGAGCUGCUAUAAUGGGAAUAGAUUUCCUUCUCUUUUUUGUUCUCUUUGAGAAUAUGUGUUGGUGAGGAUUGGGGAAUAAAGGAAGAUGGUGGCCAGGUGGCCUUCUACAACCUGAAUAUGACAUCGAGAAAUGGCCUGAAAACUUUGUAACCAGACAAAUAUAUAUGUGCCUUGUCCAUUUUGCCAUCUUGAUAAAGAAUGCCCACGUUUAAAGCCAGAUUUUUAACACUUUUAUUUUAUGUAUGAAUGCCAUGUGAUUCUUUCUGAUGUCCUAUCAAUAAACCUUUUUUUUCUAUU